UGGUGUAUUCGGCCCCGCCCGCGCGGCGGUCGGCACCCUGGCACCGCCAGUUCUUGUCAUGGUCCUGGCUUGUGCUUUGUGAGUUGGCAACCGCAGUUCCCGACGCGGCCCUUUCCUGAUGGCGGCAGCCGCGGCGGCCCUGGCAGCGGCCGACCCCCCUCCCGCAGUGCCGCAGGCGGCAGGGGCUGGAGGGUCCGCCGCCCGCCGAGACUUCUAUUGGCUGCGCUCUUUCCUGGCCGGAGGUAUUGCUGGAUGCUGUGCCAAGACAACAGUUGCUCCUUUGGAUCGAGUAAAAGUUCUAUUACAAGCUCAUAAUCACCACUACAAGCAUUUAGGAGUAUUUUCUGCAUUGCGUGCUGUUCCCCAAAAGGAAGGAUUCCUGGGAUUGUAUAAAGGAAAUGGUGCCAUGAUGAUUCGAAUCUUUCCCUAUGGCGCAAUCCAGUUUAUGGCAUUUGAGCAUUAUAAAACAUUAAUUACUACAAAGUUGGGAGUUUCUGGUCAUGUGCACAGAUUACUGGCUGGAUCUAUGGCAGGUAUGACUGCAGUUAUCUGUACAUACCCUCUUGAUAUGGUGAGAGUACGCCUAGCAUUCCAGGUGAAAGGAGAACACACUUAUAAAGGAAUUAUUCAUGCAUUCAAAACAAUUUAUGCAAAGGAAGGUGGUUUCCUUGGAUUUUACAGAGGUCUCAUGCCUACCUUAUUAGGAAUGGCUCCAUAUGCAGGUGUUUCAUUUUUUACUUUUGGUACCUUAAAGAGUGUUGGGCUUUCCCAUGCUCCUACCCUUCUUGGCAGACCUUCAUCAGACAAUCCUAAUGUCUUAGUUUUGAAAACUCACAUAAACUUACUUUGUGGUGGUGUUGCUGGAGCAAUAGCACAAACAAUAUCCUACCCGUUUGAUGUAACUCGUCGACGAAUGCAAUUAGGAACUGUUCUGCCAGAAUUUGAAAAGUGCCUUACCAUGCGGGAGACUAUGAAGUAUGUCUACGGACACCACGGAAUUCGGAAAGGAUUAUAUCGCGGUUUGUCUCUGAAUUACAUUCGCUGCAUUCCCUCUCAAGCAGUGGCUUUUACAACAUAUGAACUUAUGAAGCAGUUUUUUCACCUCAAUUAAAAAUAGCUGUGAUUUCAUUUCCUUAACAAACUCUCAGAAGGAAUAAUUUAAAAAUGUUACUUUAAUUAUGGAGGGAACAUUACUUGAAGGGGAUAUUUACCCUAUCACAGGAACCACUGGUAUGUUAGUAACUUGAUUUUUUUUUUUUUUUUUUUUAGUCACAACUCAAAGUGCUUACCAUACUUUGGGAUGCCAAACAUUAUAUUUUGGAACAUUAGAAAACCAUUCCUAUGCUGAUGUUGGCUAAUCAGUUAGGUUAUUUGCAACAUUUAGAAAGUGUUAUUUGGAAGUAGAACUAACUUCACAGGGGGUCCAAGGGGUUGCAGUUAGCUUUAUUGUGCUAUUCCAAGCUUUUAAUUGUAAUUAUGGUUUUCUGUAGACUGUAACAUUGUUUAUUAUUAUGGAAAUAAUUGAACUUGGUUAUAUUGCAAAAGAACAAUGAGAACUGAAUUUUUAAGUUCUUUAAAACAGCCAGCAUUGAAGUAUUAUUCUUACCUCUCUUCUCAUACUUCUGUUCCAUUGGAAAAAAGGACAAAUGCUUUUUCCUUCAUUUUUAGUAAAAUAAGUGUAGUAUUUAAAAAGUAGCCAUGUAGCAACUUAAAAAUGAAGUAUCAGGUCUUGCUGAAAUGUUAUUACUGAGUACUUUGAGUGACUUGUGUGUGUUUUUAAAAGUCCAUGGAGUAUUUUUUAUGCCAUGAGAGGAAAAAUUCAAUGUAUUUUUCCCAAAGGCAGUGAUAAUACUGAAUAUCUCUGCACACAAAAACAGAGUAGCAAUAUAAGUAUGUUUUUGUUAGAUGAUUUGAUUGUAAACUAGAAAAUUUAUUUAAGUGGACUGUGAAAUAUCCAUUAAUAUAGAUGUGAAUAUCAAAGAACGUUUCUAAGAUAUUAUGUCAUGAUAUCUCAACUAGUUCUUCCAUGUAACAUAAUUUAAAUACAAUAUAAACUUAAGUGGAAAUGUAAAAUAUGAUUUAAAUUGUUAUCCUUUAUAUUAAGAAAAUAGUUUCAAAUGUCAAAUUUCCAUUUACUGUGUUUUAAUGUUUUAUUAUAAGCAUGAUAGAAAUGGGUGGGGAAGAGUUAAAGUUCUAUAUUCAAAUAUAGUGAUUUGUAGAAUUGAUGUGAUUUUUUUAAGACAUCGAGAAACUAAGUAUUAUUUCUGCAUCAAUUUUUAUUUUAUUUUUUGUAUAAAAAUUUCUUGUUAUUCCUUGGUAAAAAUUUGAACUGUUUUUGUUUUUCAAGUCUUUAAGAAUAAAUAUGUAUCUUUGUGUGAUUUAUAAGUGUACCAGCAAGUAAAAAUUACAUGUGUUUCUAAAACUAUUUUGCAUAUUUUCAUUUCUGGGUCACAUUGUAACUAACUAUUGUUAUUAAAUCUUAAGAUAAUUUAAGUAUAAGAUAAUUAUGUUAUCAAUAAAAGGGAAUUGCAAAUAUUUUU